GGUGGGCUGAGAACGCAACGACUGUUUAUCAUAGACAAUUUAUUUUCCAGCGCUAAGUCAACAUAUAAUAGCAAACUUACAACAAUUAUUUAACGUUUUUAAAGCCAUGAAGGGACAGAGCGCCGAGCGGCCGCGGAGAGCUGCCGAGCCCAAGGCAGGCGCGCAGAGGGCUCCCCGGGGCGCACUCGCUGAGCCGCGCCGUGCCCCUCGCCGGACAUGAGCCACCUCUUCGGUCCCCCGCUGCCGGCCCUGGCAGCCUCGCCCAUGCUCUAUCUUUACGGCCCCGAGAGACCCGCGCUGCCGCUGGCCUUCGCCCCCGCGGCCGCCCUGGCUGCCUCGGGCCGCACCGAGCCCCCGCAGAAGCCGCCCUACAGCUACAUCGCGCUCAUCGCCAUGGCCAUUCAGGACGCGCCCGAGCAGAGGGUCACCCUGAACGGCAUCUACCAGUUCAUCAUGGAGCGCUUCCCCUUCUACCACGACAACCGGCAGGGCUGGCAGAACAGCAUCCGCCACAACCUCUCGCUCAACGACUGCUUCGUCAAGGUGCCCCGCGAGAAAGGGCGCCCGGGCAAGGGCAGCUACUGGACGCUGGACCCUCGCUGCCUGGACAUGUUCGAGAACGGCAACUACCGGCGCCGAAAGAGGAAGCCCAAGCCGGGCCCCGGCGCCCCGGAGGCCAAGCGGGCCCGCAGUGAGGCGCAGGAGCAGGGGGUGGAGGCGCGUCGGGAGGUGGGGAGCCGGGAUGGGCUCUCGCGCGCCGUGAGCCCUCGCCUCGGGAGAGCGCCCUUGCGCCCUGCGCCCCUCGCGGAAGGCCCUUCUCCGGACGCCGGCGACGCUGUCCAGGGCGCUGCGGCGGUGGCGAUGGGCCAGCCCGUGCGCUCGGUGGACGGCCCAGGGUCCCCUGUGCACCCUGCCUCGCAAGGCUCUCCGAAGAGCUCCGACAGGUCCAAGAGCUUCAGCAUAGACAGCAUCCUGGCAGGAAGGCAGGACCAGAGGUCGGCGGCGGGGGGAGGAGGCGGCGAGGUCCCCGGGGGCUCCAAGCUGGGCCCCACCGGCAGCCUGGGGGCCUCGCUCCUGGCCACUUCCUGCAGCCUCCGACCGCCGUUCAACGCUUCCCUGAUGCUCGACCCGCACGUCCAGGGCGGCUUUUACCAGCUUGGGAUCCCCUUUCUUUCCUAUUUCCCUCUGCAACUCCCGGACGGGCUGCUGCGUUUCCAGUAAGACACACCGCGGAGCGCCUCAGGCACGGCGGGCGAGAGUCGCAUCCUUUGUGGAGUGGCGAGGUCCUUG